CGCCCGUCGCAUACAUCACCCAACGACCGACCACAACGCCAUCUGCCAAAAUGUCGACAUUCGAGCCGGUGGUUGUCAUUGACGGCAAGGGCCAUCUUCUUGGUCGUCUGGCCUCGACCGUGGCCAAGCAGCUCUUGAACGGCCAAAAGAUCGUUGUUGUCCGCUGCGAAGCCCUCAACAUCUCUGGCGAGUUCUUCCGCGCCAAGCUGAAGUACUCCGCCUUCCUCCGCAAGCAGACUCGUUACAACCCAACCCGCGGUGGUCCGUGGCACUUCCGCACUCCAGCCAAGAUGUUCUGGCGCACCGUCCGCGGCAUGAUCCCACACAAGACUGAGCGUGGUGCAAAGGCUAUGGAGCGUCUGAAGGUUUUCGAGGGCAUCCCACCACCAUACGACCACAAGAAGCGCAUGGUCGUCCCACAGGCCCUGCGUGUCCUCCGUCUCAAGCCAGGCCGCAAGUACUGCACUGUUGGCCGUCUCGGCCACGAGUUCGGUUGGAAGUACCAGGACGUCGUCGCCCGCCUCGAGGAGCGGAGAAAGGUCAAGGGCCAGGCAUACUACGAGAAGAAGAGGGCCGCACGCAAGAACCUGGUCGAGGCUCAGAGCAAGGUGUCAAGCGAUGUAACCAAGCAGCUUGCACAGUACGGAUACUAGACGCUGAUGGAAUGGUGGGCGUUUCUUGAUUGAGAUGAUGCAAGAUAGCUGCUGUUUCUGGCUGUGAUGCAUGAUCAUUAGGGCUGUAGCUGGUUGGCAGCUCUGGCAUGGGUUCAAGCAGUUCCGGCGUUCAGAUAGCGUCAGAUGUCGCAAAAGGUUGAAACGUAUGCAUGACACUUCACAACGA